AUGGCCGCAAGUGGUGCCUUAAAUGCGGGAAGACAUAUACGUUUUUCUUCUUUGGUUUUUGUUGGAUCAGCUAAGAAAAAUAGACUAAAGACAGGUAAGAAUCUCAUGGGAACGUUAUUUCCAGCUUUCUUUGAUCUUGCUUGUUUUGUUUUUUAGGCUCUUGUAUACGUAAUCACAUGAUUUCGAGUGCAAUUUGGAAUAAAUAAGCUCGAGUAAAUUCUUUAAAGACUAACAAAAGUGCACAAGCCCGUAGUGAUUACUUACAUGUGAUUACUUAUUAAUAAUAUACACGAAAAACAUAACUACAACAACAAAUUAUGACAGCGCGUGCGUUUUUAGUGCAUUCAACUGAUGGCUGAAACAGACCACUACCUUUGUCAAAUUCAAACUUUUUCAAGACCAAAACUUUCAAAAUCAUUCAGCUAAGAACUUGGAAGUGUGCAAGGACUGAUUUUAUUUAUUUAUUUAUAUAUUUAGUCACUCACAAAACCUUACACAACAUGAACAAAAGGUGUUAAUUAAAUUAUAAAAUUAAUGUGACAAGGGAGCCUAAUGAAGCUUGAAGCUUAUAUUAAUAGGCUUCCUUCAACUACCUAGUGAACUGACAUGGCUGAGUGCAGAGUGAGCAGAUCAGAAAAUUAAACGACAGAUCGGCUAUCAGUGAGAUAAUUCUUUAGAUUUUUUGUAAAAACAGAUAUAGAAGGAGAGCUAAUUAGUGAAACAGGCAACGAAUUCCAGAUUUUAGGUCCUCGGUAAAGGAUACUGAAUUGCUUUAUAUUUGUUCUACAAAAAUGAGGUCUAUACUGAGAGGCUAGUCAAGUUUCGUAUCGAUGGACUUGAUUACUAGUUAAGAACAAGUCAUGAAAGCUAUUAGGCAAAAGAUUAUGGUGAUAAGAAUACAUAAAGGUAGCGACAGAAAAUGAAUUAAUACUAAAUAUGUCAAGGACUAUAAGCUGGCUAAAUAAAGGGGUGGUAUUUGCUAGAUAGUGAGCUUUUGUUAUGAGUCGCACUAGAUGCUUUUGCAAAAGGUAAAGACAGUUUAGGUUGGAACAGAAGGUGGAGGACCAGGCGACAUUACAGUAUGUUAAGAAAGGAUAUACAAGGGAGUAAUACAAGGUCAUCAAAGUUUGGGAUGAUAGGUAAAAGCAAGCUUUUGCAAUAAUUCCCACACUUUUCGAGAUUUUUUUUGAGACAAAAUCAAUAUGUGUUUCCAAGAGAGAUGCUGAUCAAUGAGAACACCUAAAAAUUUUGUCUUCGUGACUUGCUUGAUCACGGUAUUUUCCAGAGUAAGAGGGACAUUAACAUUGACUUUCUUUUGCCUUGGAUGAAAAAUCAUAAAAUUUGUUUUAGUCAGAUUUAGAGAUAACUUAUUCACUUUAAGCCAAAUAAUUAUUUUUGCAAGUUCAUUGUUAACAAUAGAAACGAGGUGGUUGGCAUCUUUAUGGGAACAAAAGAUACUUGUGUCAUCAGCAAACAGUAAAGAUUGAGUGAGACUAGAGACAUUAGGAAGAUCAUUAAUGUAAAUAAUAAACAAAAGAGGUCCAAGAAGUGAGCCCUGCGGGACGCCACGUAAGAUUUUCUGCGGAUAAGAUCGAUGGGACCCAAACUGGACAAAUUGAGUCCGGUGGUCAAGAUAGCUUUUGAUCCAUGCCAAAGCAGUAUCCCGAAUAACAUAGUGUUGCAGUUUUUGACGCAAUAUUUCAUGAUUAACAGUAUCAAACGCCGUAGAAAGGUCUAAGAAGAUGCCUAAAGUUGUUUCAUUUCUGUCGAUAGCUGAAGAUAUGUUGUUGAUCAAGUCAAUUAACGCUAAUGCAGUCAAAUGAUUAUUACGGAAUCCAAAUUGUUUCGAGUAUAAAAUAUUAUGCAAAUUUAAGGAAUUAAUCAGUCGGUUGUACAUGACUUUUUCAAAGAGUUUAGAAAAGGCUGGAAGUGUUGGGUCAUCUGCCUUAAAAGCUGGAAUCACUUUGGCUAUUUUGAGAGAUUCAGGAAACACACCAGUAGGCAACGAAGUGUUUAUAAUGGUUCAAGAGGCUGUGCAAUAUUUUGGAAAGACUGAUGAAUUAUCUUCAUGGAUAUAUUAUCAUGUCCAGGAGCUUUGUUAGCGUUGAACGAUUUAACAAUAUUGUUUAGCUCACCGACCGUUUGUGGUUGUAAUGAAAUGGAUUCAGAAAGAGUGCUGCUUAAGAAAUCCUUGGGUGACGAAUUGGUGGAAGGAAUUUUGCUCACCAAAUUUGGCCCUAUAUUGGUCAAGUAAUCACAGAAUUUAUUGGCAAUGUCAGUAGGAUUGCUAAUUUCCAUUUCAUUUUUGGUGAAGCUUGCAGGAUACAGUGAUUUAGCGACACGCCUGUUGAUCACUUCAUUAACCCUUUAAGUCCCAAUAGUGACCAACAGCAAUUUUCUCCUAAUGAUAUCCUUACAUUAUCAUGAGAUGAGGUUAUGAGAAUUAAUUAAAUGAUCACCUAAGAGAAAAUACUUUGAUCUUUUAUCAAAUUCUCUCAACUCAUUCUUUAAGGAAAUGUAUAGAGAUCAGUUUGGAGAAUUUGUAUGUGGAUAUUGGGGCUUAAAGGGUUAAGAAUUUUCCAUGUUUCCUUUAAGUUUGAACUAGCCUUAUCCAAUUUGUUGUCAUAAUAAUUUUUCCUGGCGAUACGAACAAGACAAGUUAGCUUAUUUUAGCUUAUUUUAUUUGGUCACCAGCCAUUUAAAGAUAACUUGGUUUACAAUAAUCAGCAAAGUAAGUGUUUUUCAAUUCAUCCUCUAUUAUUAGAGCUCGGUGUUUACAAGAAGCGUUUACAAGAAGUAUACUGCCGUUUUGAAAUCAGGAAAACGCUUUGAGCAGCCAAAGAUGAAAGACACUUGCUAAGGUUUUUUAACGACUGUUCAUCAUUGUCUGUUCCUGAGACCCCAUCAUAGCUGGAUUCAUGGAGAAAUUUUUGAGAUUUAAUACCCAAAAAUGAAGGAGGCAAUUUGUUUUCUUCUGACGCUGCCAUCGAUGGGUGAGUGGAGCCACAGUUGUUGUGAUGUCGGAAACUGCCUGUAUUUAUAUGAUAUUUGCUUUUUCUCAGCGCUGGGGUUUUCAUUAUUUCAUUUGGCCUACUGCAAGAGUCAUUGUAGCUCUUAUUUGUUGGCUUCAUUGUAGUUGUGAAUGAAAUUUAUACUUCUGUGGCCUGUGACAUGGGCAAUAUGUUCUGAACUUACAAUCUUUGCUUUCGUCAGCUUCCUGACUGUUGUUUUUCUUGCACAAUGAUUCGUAAACUUUUUUCUCACUUUCCUUAAGGCUAGUACCAGCUACGGAUACUUUCAUUACAUUAGCUAUGGUAUUUUGUCCCAUUGGUUUAGUUUGGACCAGAUGUUUAAAUUUUCGGUUUCAUUUGCUACUUAGGCAGAGAAAAACAGACCAUCGCAUGGAUGUUUAACAGUAUUAGAGGUCUUUGCUCCACAAAAGACUCAGAGAGAGAAACUGGACACCUUUCUCCUCCAACAAAUAAUGUUCAUGACUUGAAAUACCUGUUUGUUAUCAUGGAAAACUUCUAUCCUUGUUCAUUUAAAUGCCUGAAAAGUGUAGCUGUUAUGGUUUGCGUGUGGUUGCCACUGUUUUUGUUCUUUAUUUUUUUACUUUAGCGUUGUCUGUUAUAAGUAGCUUGUUUUUUAGUUUCUCUGGCUCAUUUUCCUCAAUUUUGUUGACAGUAUUAAUUUUCUCUUAGCACCGCAUUUUCAAUACAUUUAGCCAGAAAGAUGUACUUUUUACUGUGUUCGGGUUUUUGGAAUAUUUUUUUAACUUUCCUAUCGUUGUUUUGCCUACGAAAUUAAGUCCUGUCGUCGUCUGCUGAAAACCAUGGCCAUUUUCUUAAAUUUUGUUGGUAAAACAGAUCUAAUCUGAUUGGUUGAUGCGAGAAAUUCAGUGGUUUCCAAAUUUAAGUCAUAAUUUAUGCGAAAAUGAUAAGCAAAGUUAACAUGAUUAUAUCUAAUAAACUAUGAGAUUUAUACCUUUGUUUUGGGGAUUUUUAUAACAGAUGGGUCCUUGCAAUUUGGAAACCGCUGAAUUUCUCGCAUUGGGUCUUUGUGAUUUUGGUGAAACUCUGUUCAACGCAAGGAACUAAUAUGCACUAUAUGUAGCCAAGAGAUUUUCACAAAAAAAAUGCCGGCAAUAGCAGAAUUUCGACUCAGACCCUAAAGAGGCGUGGCACUAUAACCAUGUGAAAUUUACUCCAAUCGCCAAAAAUGUCAUGCUAUAUUGUAGAUUGAUCUAUAUGUUAUCCAUGCUAUAUGUUAGACUUACGAUCAAAGUAAAGGUGGGGAUACCAGAGAGCUCCAAAGUAGGAUGGUACCCUCACAAACUAACUGGGUCGAGUCACCUUAACGAGCUGAAAUACCCCCUGAAGAUAGCUUUCAUGUUCCUCUCGAUAUUAAAAAUCGUGAAGGUGCAAGUUUCAAACUAUAUUUGUGACUUUGCUCGAUGGUCCUUGGCAGCCCCCCAAAAAAAAAAAAAAAAAAAAAAAAAUCGUGAGAAUGCGAUAGUUUCCAUAUGAAAACUUUGUUUUCACAAUAUUUAAUGUAUAUUUUCUAUUCUUGAUGCAAUAAAACUAUAGUUUUUUUAAUCUGUUGUGUGUGUACAAAAUAAUCUCCUUUUCCGUUUAGAGACUUCAGACAACAGUCUCUUGUCUCCCACACAAGCGGUUUUCAGCACGGUCUAAAGUAAUAACUAUAUACUCUGUAUGUAUUCAAGAUAUUAACAAAAGAGAACUUGUAAUUAACAUGUAAAGGGAAGGUUUUUAAAACAUUCUUUGAAAUAAAGGUCGUCUGCUUUUAUUUUGCAAAAUGUAAUUUGACCAAGGUCAUGCAUGUACAGGUACAGCUGUAGGUUGCAGACCAAGGACUAUUAUAGAAUAGAAUAGAAUAGAAAACUUUAUUAAUGUGUUGGAGCCGUAUAGCUUGGGAGCAACCCCAUACUAAUUUGGGGGCACAAUUUAUAGUUAAAUAAUUGAAAUUACCUAUAAAAUAUAAAAGUAAAAAUAUUUAAACUAUGCAUAUAUAUUAUACUCUAACGAUAAUCUAAAAUAACUGAGAGAGAAUUGUAAAAUUAAGUGGUUAUGAUGUGCAGAGAGAACAGCUCUAACAUCCACCAUCUAUCAUUUUUACGAAUUCUGCUUUUAAAGAUGUUCAGAGUUUUCGCUGAUGUUUACUCAGGCGGUAAUUUUUGCAAUAACCUAGGCCCAAGAUAUGUUAAAGAAUGUUUACCAUAUGUUACAGUAUUAUAUCUAGGAAUAGAGAAAUCUGGAUGUCGUAAAUAAUAAGAAGAGUUAUGAUUAUUGAAAAGAUUACAGAUAUAAGUUGGACAUAGAUUGUGCUUCACUUUGUACAUAAGCGUGCAAAUAUCCUGUAGGUGCCUAUUCAAUAGUGUUGGUAAUUCUGCCCUCUCAAGAAGUUGUUGAUAACUUGCAUACUUGUCUCUAUAUACAGCCCUCAGUCCCCUUUCUUGCAGUCUUUCUAGUUUUCGCCCAUCACUACAUCUACAAAAAUGCCAGACUAAAUGGCAAUACGUAAGGUACGGUAAAACUGCUGAUUUGAAUACAAAUGUAGCAUUGGCUUGGCCUUAGUUGGAAUUAAGUUCCUAAGUCGCAGGAGCACGCCGAAUCUUUGACUAGCUGUCUUACAAAUAGUGCUAAUGUGAUCAGUAAAGUUAAAUUUGGAAUCUAUUGUAACGCCUUGGAGUCCGAGCUUUUCUACAUUCUGGGAUUUUCUACACUAUUAUGCAAAAUUUGGUUAUAUUUUUCAAGAGUCGAUAAAACAACGAAUUCAAAGUCUGCAGCAAUGUGCUUCCAAAAGCAAAAAUAGGUUUAUUUGGAAACUUGUUCUGUCAAAAGGGACGUCUUCCCAUCACCUUUUUAUUAUUUAUUCACAAGCUAAGUAAACAUACCAUGUAAUUUACGGUGCUGCAAAAGUCCAAACUUCAAGAAAGACAAAAUAGCCUACAGUGUACCUAUCGACAAACUUGAAUUUCGCACCUUCACCCACGACAGGAAAGUCGAAACUUUGUCAUUUUUGAAACAGGGACUGGAAGAGGUUUCGGGUGAUCUUUGAAUUGACCAGUAAACCAGUGUGAAUCGGAAAAACUCUUGAAAUACAAUCGUGAUUUGUGAAUUAUAUAUUCACUGUGAUGCGUGAUCCUCCAACAGUUUACUCCAUGAAUCAAGAUUUCUAUUGAGAAAGCAGAUGUAAUGUCUUAAAAAUUGGAUAGCCAUAUACAAGUACAUGUAAAUUGUCUGUCAAGAUGGUUCAAAAUAGGUCUUUUUCCAUUGUUAUAUAAUGUAACUAAGUGCAUUGUUAUGUUCUGUACUUGACCAUGUUUGACCUCUGUGACCUCUGUGACUCAUUUGGUAACUGACAUAAACUAAAAAGAAGAGCUGUGACAUAUUGUUAUCACUUGUCAAAGGCUCUGGCUUAUUGCAAAAUGAAUAAAAGCUUCCUGGUCACAGCCAUUCAUGGUUGUACUGGUGGCAAGUGUCAGAGUAGUCAAAAUGCCGCGAAGAAAUGAUCUAUCCUGAACAAUUCAAUCCCACUAUGAGGUUUGCAGAGUGGUUGAAGCAGAAGUUGUUGGAAACUCACAGCCAUGUUUGUAUUAUUGGUCUGUAGAGCGUGCGCAGAAAACAUGUCUCCAGCUCGUGUCUAAAGGUUCUCAACUGUUCAGUCAGUACAAGCUGAAUCUGCAAUAGGCAAACAAUCUUUUGAUUUCAAGAGUUUACAAAUUGCUUGUCCAUGGCAGCUUUAGCCAGCUGUUGAGUACUGAUGUUAUAUUUAAAUUUAUUUAUACCCAACAAACAGUCCAAUUUUUCAGUCAUCUUCAAGCUGUCAUUCCCAAUAAAAUACAGUGUAGUCUUGGCUGCUCUAUCUCCAAUAAUAGUUUAAAGGGGUGAAAUUCCAGGGAUGCCUGUGAGGUCUCCUUUCUGCUCAGAUCGUAAUGUUGUUCAAGCAUGAUUGAAAUGAAUAUCAACCCAAAGCAUUUAUCUGGGAUGCCCAUACAUAUACAUAACAUACCUGGUUUGAUUGAUGUAUUGAUAAAUAUUUGAUCAACAUUACCAUACCGUGCCAAUAAGAAACUGUGUUCAUGGACAAACACACUUUUUCAAAAUCAUAGGGUUUGGGGCAAACGUUUCCUUUUCUCCCUUUCCCUCUCCCUUAAUUCCCCUUUUUUGCUCUCAUCCCAACUUUCUCGAUGAACUUGCGCAGAAAUGCUUGAUAUGCUGGUUAGCUUUAUCUGUUCCUUUCUGUUUUUGUGAUGUGUUUUGUGUUAUGGCAGCCUUCAAAACAUUACGGUUUUGAAAAAUUAUUUGUGGCUAUCAUUAACUUCAAGGUCAUCUCUUCUAAAAUCAUUGCGAAAAUGGAAUCCAACGCACACCUAACGUCACACGAUAUGCACCAGAACUAAAACAUGUUUAUUUAUUUAUUUUUUUUCAUUAACAAAAGUACGGCGACUCAAUUUUCCGGUAAUUCAAGAUCACCAACCUGUCAUUGUUCCUUUUUUCCACCUUAAAAAUCUUUUAUUUGUUACAGGGUAAGAAGCGGUGCAUGUGCAUGUAAGUGCCGACAGGUGGUGUGAAUUUCUGUAGGUUCGAAAAAAAAAAUUCUUUGUUUCUCAAAACUUGAAACACAUUAAACUCAGAGUAGACUCAAUUCUUAUUUCUCAAAUUUUGAUCUGUUGGCGUUUUGAGAUGUAAGAAUUGAUUUUUGAGGAUUGAGUCAAGACUGUCAACUUACAUGUACUUUUGUGUGGUCUUGAAUGACAUUGUCCACAAAAGCCCUUUGCUGAUGAUCUUUCAAAAAAAUAGUAACCUUGUUAACAAUGUAUAGGUUAAUAUCAGGCCUUUUCUUAAGUUUAUCGGUAACUCCUUUAUGGGAAACUGAGUCAAAGGCUUUUAAGAAGUCAAAAUACAGAAUGCUUAAAACGUUAGCCUAGCCAUCAAGCCAUGUCAUCCAAAAGUACCUAUUAUAAUGUGAUAAUUAGGCAUUCAGAGUUCCAUAUUAAUCUGCCUUAUAAGCAAACUGAUUUGAAUGAUUAAAACAAGAAAUGGGUGUCCUUAAUAAAUCAUUUUCCAGGACUAAUCUAUGAAAAAUCUCAUUAUAAUCUGAGCCACCAUUUUUCUAAAUUAGCAGGGACUUGUUUUGACUGCCUAAAAAUGGUUGGAUUCAUUAUUUGUUUUAAACAUUGGUAAGCUUGACAGAAUCAUUAUUUUCUUUUUUGUUUUGUUUGUUUUUGUCCAUACAGGAUGCUUGCGUUCUGCAAAAGCGUUCUCUAUAAGGAACCAAAGUACAAUGCAAGUACAAGACAAGAAUCCUAGAAUUUUUACUGCUGUUUGUGUACAGCGUUCACCAGUUGUUACAAAGAUGAAGUCUCAUCUAGAAGUAGCUUAUCAAAAAUUUCAAGAUCAGCUGGAGUUGGAACACAGUGCUCUGUCUGAAGAUGAAGUUCAGUUAGAAGAAUUCCUGCAAAGGAAAAAAAAGCUAAAAGAUGAUGACGAUGAAAAUAUGACAAUAGGAAUAUUUGAGGCAGACAGGAAGGUAAGAUGUAUAGUUUGGCCUGAGUUAAUCAACAUUCAGACUGCAAAAACUGACCUGCGGUAUAUUUAUCCGUAGCGCAGUUUCAUCUUACUACAGUGCAGCUCAGAGAUAAGCGUCCAAAAAUUUUCGUGCGAAACGCGUGUGUGCAAUUUGCGUGGUGUCUAGAAAGCGAAGACCCUAGAGAACGAAGACCCCCCUUAAAAUCACUUGGAAACGGCUUGAAACUUCUUAUAAUCAUAUGUUAUUUCACGGUUGGUGAGUGCGUACGUUUUUUAAUUCACAAGUUGUAUAAAACUGAAAUGGCCUCCUUGUAAAAUACUUUACAUCUAAAUUAUCAAGCAAAAAUGCGGUGAAAAGGCAGAACUAGUUAGAAUAAAAUAAGACAUCCUGAAAAUAUGUCGAAAUAGUUCUACAAAAGUUCAAAAUUUGAAAUACAGAAGUGAAAACCCGAGAUUGACAAACACUAGUCAGAAUCCGAAUCAAGAGGUUUGAUUCUUUUAUAAGUUUUGCUAGGGCUUUCCUCUCGUACUGAAAGUGUGGGCGAUUGAUUUAAAGUGUUAAUUGCCACACCAAAAUGUCCUCCACUUAUAACAGCACCCGAAAAAAGAGAAAGGGGUUGCUGUGACAGCUGCAAUAGUUAAUUCGAGAUUUGGAUGCUUCAUCGUUUCUGGCCUCGAGUAAAUUUCAUUCCGCCACAAGAUCAGGGAACAAAGCCUGCGUUCUUCUGAUGAUACCGCCAUUGUUACUGGAUUCAUGGAAUUACAAUAAUGGAAUGAAUUUCUAUUAUGAAAUCUCUCGCGGAUACUAUUUCCUGUUACGUCAUCCUAAAUUCUGCAGCUGCUUGAGUAUCAAACAACAUCAACGCCCAUGCAUUUAUUACUCUGGAUCAAGCGCGACAUUUAAUCCUCUACUAGCCGAUGAUUUAGUAUUUUAACUUAAACCGGGUCCCACAGGGAUAAUUAGAAUACCGACAAUAGUGUCCUCGCGAAACAAUGAUGUAAACAAAAACACAGUGGCCUCGACUUGUGUUCGUCGGAACAUUAAAUCUUAAAAAGGUUACUUGUUGUCACAACAACCCUACUCUGUUACGACCACUGACUUUCUGCUUAUGGAAUUGCCAGUCCGUACGCGAAAAGACUGCAGUUUUCCAAGAAUAUCUGUGCAGUAACAAGAUUGAUGUAUCUGCAGUAACUGAGACUUGGCUAUCCUCGGACGAUGAGGCGGUUAGAGCUGAAUGCACUCCUAUUGGUUACAUGCUUCAUGAUCAAAUACGCUGUCACCGAGGUGGGGGUGGUAGCGUUCUGUUGUCUCGUACAGAACUGACCGUGACCCUUCACUCUACUGGGGAAAAGACCUUGUUUGAGUUUGCUGAAUUAUUGUCAUCGUAGGAAACAACAAAGUCAAGGUAGCCAUUAUCUAUCGGACACCGUAGUCUGAAAAACACCCAGUAACGGUAACCACCUUUCUCAGCGAAUUCGCUGAAUACCGAGAAUCAAUUGUGCUGUCAUCUGAACGUUUCCUCCUCAUUGUAGGAGACAUGAAUAUACACGUGGACGUCCCAGAUGAUGCCGACGCUAUAAAGUUUUUAGAUCUCCUGAACUGCAUGGGGCUAACACAGCAUGUGACUACACCAACUCACCGUUCUGGACAGGAUAGCUUUGUUCAGACCUCGCCCAUCUCCGACAGUUUCUUGUCAGAUCAUUGCACUGUUCUAUCUGAACUAACUCUCCGUAUGCUGGCUACAACUCUUAAGAAGGUCCUGCUACCGGAAGACUAAGGCUAUUGACAUUGAAUCUUUCAAGGAUGAUCUCAGGAAAUCGAGACUAUGCCAGGACCAACCCGAUGCACUUACAGACCUUGUUUCCUGUUACGAUUCAACCAUGACCAGCCUGUUAGGUAAACAUGCUCCACUUCAGAAGAAGACUAUCACGGUUCGUUCGCGGGUUCCUUGGUUCAAUAACGAAAUCAAGGAAGCCAGCGUUUUCGUAGACGGAAUGAAAGAAUAUGGCGAGGGACAGGGCUCAAGUCAGACAGGGUAAAAUUCAUCAAGGCAUGCAAUCAUAUAAAAAAAGAUGAUGGAGCAUGCGAGGUGUGACUAUUAUUUCAAUCUUAUUAAAACGAGUGUGAUCAGAGAAAGCUUUUUAAAAUGGCCAGUGCACUACUAGGAGGGUCGUCACAGGAACAAUACCCCAAACAAUUCCCUGCUAUGCUUGCUAAUGAGUUUGGGAGAUUCUUUACUCAAAAGAUCGAUGACAUUCGCUAAAAGCUGGACAGGAUUGACCCCUCAUCAAAUCAGCCUGACUACUCGACCAGGAGUAGCGUCCAAGAGCACUCGUAUACUGGCACACCCUUCACUAAGUUCGAGCCUAUAUCGUCUGAAGGUAUCAAAAAACUGGUGCUGAAUGCCCCAAACAGACUUGCAACAAUGACCCUAUACCUAUCAAGAUUGUUAAAGACUGCACUAAUGAACUCUUACCGACCAUUUCCAACAUAGUUAAUCUUUCGCUCAGUAGUGGUCAUUUUCCUGACAUUUAGAAAGAGGGUUUAGUGAGACCAAAGUUAAAGAAAGUCAACAUGGAUUUGAUAAAGAAAAACUACCGGCCCGUCAGCAAUCUCGCAUUCCUUUCAAAGAUCACUGAAAAGGCAGCUGCACUACAAAUCUCUGAUCAUGUGUCAUUCAAUCAGAUGUAUCCAGAAUUUCAAUCAGCCUACCGCAAAUAUCACUGUACGGAGACUGCCUUACUGCACAUGCGCAUCGACAUACUCGUCAGCAUGAACAAACAACAAGUCACAUUACUAGUGUUCCUAGAUCUAAGCGCUGCCUUUGAUACAGUAGACCAUGAUAUAUUACUGGGGCGCCUGGAAUACAAAUUUGGAAUUAAAGAUCAAGCAGUAAUGUGGUUCAAAUCCUACCUGUCGAAUAGAUCCCAGUGUAUUGUAAUCGGCAGUGCAAAGUCAGACAGUUUUGAUCUGAAGUUUGGUGUGCCACAGGGCUCCUGUCUCGGCCCAAUGCUGUUCUCCCUUUACACUAGUGAGCUUUUUUGAUGUCACUAGCCAGCACUUGCCAACAGCGCACAGUUACGCCGAUGAUACCAGUAUCUAUUUGGCAUUCAAUCCAAACGAUGAUUCCGAUCAAGACGCCGCCACUGCAGCAAUGGAAGCGUACCUCUGUGACAUCCGAAGCUGGAUGAUCAAUGACAAACUCAUGAUCAAUGAUUCCAAGACUGAGUUUAUGCUCACUGGGACGAAGGCGCAGCUGCAGAAAACUAAAAGCGCUACUCUAACUAUUGGCGAAUCCAUCAACUCUCCCAGCACGGAACCCCGUAGAAACUUAGGUUUGACUGCCAUUUCAACCUGAACUUUAACAUAAUCAAAACUUGUAGGAGUGCUUUUUUUCAUCUACACAAUAUUAGACACGUCAGGAAAUAUCUUAGCAUAGAAUCUGCCGAGAAAUUAGUCCACGCUUUCAUCACAAGCAGAUUGGACUAUUGUAACUCACUUUUAUAUGGACUACCCCACUGCGCCCUCACUAAACUACAGCUUGCUCAAAACGCAGCUGCAAGAGUUCUAUAUCUAGCACCACGGUAUUGCCAUAUCACACCAAUAUUAUACGAAUUACACUGGCUGCCUGUAACAUUUAGAAUAGAAUUUAAGAUUAUUAUAAUCACUCACAAAGCAAUCCAUGGAACAGCUCCUAAUUAUUUAUCAUCUCUCGUCAACUUUAAACCUAAUUCUUCCUACAGCCUCAUAUCAGAUAACAAAUAUCUGCUUUCAAAUCCAAACUUCAGGACUCUCCCUACUCUUGAUGACCGGCCUUUGUAGCCGCCGCACCAAAACUGUGGAAUAAUCUUCCGUUAGAUCUUAGAUGCACCUCCCAUUUUGAAGUUUUUAAACGUAAUUUGAAGACUUGCCUUUUUAAAAAAGCCUUUUCUGAUAUAAUGUUGUAAUUUAUAGACUAGAUAAUUAUUCAUUCGUGUAAUUUUUAAUUGUAAGCCGCAUUUGAAAACUGUAUAGUUGAAUUUGCGCGGUAUAAAUAAAUGUUAUUAUUAUUAUUAUUAUUAUUAUUAAAGUUAUUUUUCUAGAAAUAGUUUACCUAGACCUAUAUUCUGACAACGUUUGGGGAUUUUCGAUUUUUUUCAUUUUGCACACCUUCAGGCGAUAUUUACAUACGGCCGCUUUUAAGCAGUAUAAUAACACUGAGCACAGUUCCAUUAAAGUGAUACCCAUAGAAGCCAGUAAAAAGAAGAAUGAAAGUACCGUGUAUUUCAGUCUACAUAGCGAUAUUGAGCAAUUGUCAUCUAAACCCCAGUUCAAGGCUGGUGAUAAAGUCAGGAUAGGUACACACCUAAUUGGACUGAAGAGAUAUUCCUUGUUGAUAAAAUCCAUUCCACAAAUCCAAUCACCUAUAGGUUAAAGUAUCUCAACAACGAGGAGAUACAAAGGAGCUUUGACGAACCUGAAUUACUAAAGGCAAAACAGGAUAUAUUCAGGAUUGAUAAAGUCAUUCGGAGACAUUGCAAGAAAAAACAAGACGCUACAGAGCGUACACUUCGGCGUCGUUGUUGUGGAACUAAUUGUAAAUGCGGAGGAAUAGUAAGAAAUCAAAUAUGGUAAGAGUAAGGUGUUAAUUUGUGAAAUUAUGGGAUUUGUAAGGAUAUUCUGAAAAGAGCAACAUCCAAGAGGCCUACUUGCCAAAAACUAGCAUUUCGGGACAAAUUGUCUCCGAGAUAUUAGCCCAGUUAUGCUCUGAUGACUCCAUACAAAUCCUUCUAAAAAAAACAAUUCUCUAUUUUUCUUAGUCACAUCAGGCUUCAAAAGAGCAUAGCAGUCUCAUGUACUAAAUAAAGAUAUGUAAGGCAUGGGUAAGGAGUCAAUUACGUUGAGCAUGGAAUUAACUAAAAAUCAAAGUCACGAGUUCGAAUGUUUUGAGGAUAAUUAUUCACUGACUAUCAGCACGCAGGGAUGUCGGAUUAACACAAGGAAGUUGUUAAAGCUCUGUAAAGAUAGCCUUUACAGAGCUUUAAAACACAGCAUCUGCCAACACAAACUUGACUUGAACUUUGAGUAAAACUAAACAGCCUCUACCAAUAAUAACAAACUGUCACUUGAACUUCGGAUAUCUUGCGGCUUCCGCGAACUUGUAAACACAGAACCUGAAAAUCGACCUUCGUCACACUUGACUAAACACAGCAGUCCAGCUCGUGGGAAAAAACUUAGUUCGUCAAAAGAACUCGCUUGGAACUUGUAUACCGUUUGACGUAAAGUUCUAGAAAAUACCAAACAGGCGAAUAGUAGUAGCUUUUCGACAUAUUUUAUGAUUUCGGUAACUGAUGCAAAUCUGCUGAGUCAUGCUGAAAUGUAAACAUGCCCUAAUUAAUUAUUCAUGGAUAAUCCAAAAACGUAGAGAACGUUCGAGAAAGUCACGCAACGCAUGAAAGCAAUUUUACUACGUAACACUCAACAAAGACAAAAUAAAAUGUCUUUUUGCAGCAUUUUGUAACUUUAAAUUCAUCAUAAAACAGUUAGAAAGGAGGGCUCACUCGUGAAAUGUUUUUACUCGAAGAGAAAUUUUGCGUCUCUGCGCGGCCAUGAAAUAUCCUCUAUUUAUUCCUCGAGUAAUUAAAGACUAAACUCGAAGUGAUCUCAAGAUAUCACGAAGUAGUCCGGUCUCAUUUCGUGAAAUAGUUGAAACAAGCCGAAAAGUCACGAACUUGCACGCCCAAUCUUGUCCCGAAACUAGUACAUCAUUUCAUAACUAUUUUUCAUAUCCCAAAUAGGCCAUUUUCACGAUGACGACAUUUGACUACAACUACCAGAAUUCAUUUCGUUUUUGCUUUGUUAUUGAAAUUUGUCAAUCCCGCUGAGGAUUAAAGAACAAUAGUCCUAAUUUGCACAAGAAAACAACAAACUGAAGGAUUCUGGUAGUUGUAGUAAAAUGAUGUCAUCGUGCAAUUGUCCUAUUACCUUGGGUCGCAGUGGCGCAAUCGGCUAAUCCCUCAACUUAGAAUCUCCUCUGAUCUGACGGGUCACACAGGUCAGUCGGUUCAAACCCUGGGAAAGCCAAAAUAAUAAUUCUUUCUUCCUUGAAAAAGUUAAAGAAUAAAUAAAAAAAAUCGAAGAGAUCUCGAGAUAUCUCGAAUUAAUUCGGCUCUCGCUUCGUCAAAAAGUCGAAUAAAACCGAAAACCUACAGACUUUGCAUGCCCAAUCUUGUCAAAAAAUUAUAACUUUGAUACAUUCCUGAGCGUCGCGAAACCUUUACUUCGCGCUCCGCCGAAGUAACAAGGUCUAGUAUCUUGGAAGGGAUAUAGCGACGACUUUAAUUCUUGGAUUCCAUUAAAGAGUUUAAAAGAUUUAUCUACCUAAUAUAUAAUUAACAAUUAGUCCAUGAGGGCGCGUUGGAUAUGAGAUGGUAGAUAGCCAACGAGGCGCGUAGAAUAAAGAAAAGAAAAGAAAAAGAAUUUUUAAGUGACAGCCGUCGAAAUUACUGUGAAUUUUGAUUUUCGGUGCAGUUACAGAAGUAAGAACAACGGAGAAAAACUAUUACCUCGGUCGCUUGUUAUGAAGUUGUUUGAAGCCACCAGCUAGUUUUGCUAUACUGACGCCUCGAUUGCUGUGGUGAAUGGUUGCGUAGCCUGUAUUUGUAGCUGGUUGCUUGUGAUUUAUAUUCUUCAUGUCGGAUAAACAAGCCGCAGUUAUCUAUCAGUAGUAUAGGAGGGACCGAAUUAACCUCUUUUUUGCGGAGGAUUCUCAUUAGAGUGUGGAGGAAUACAUUAACGCCAAUGACGUCAUAACCUAUUGUCUUGAACUCAUGAAUAAAAUGCGCAGGAAUCUCAUUAGCGUGAGCAGGAAUAAAUUAACGUCGCUGACGUCAUAGGUUAUUGUAUUGAUCUCAUGAAUAAAAUGCGGUGGAUUCUCAUCAAUUUGCGGUAGAAUAAAUUAACGCCAAUGACGUCAUAGGCUAUUGUCUUGAUCUCAUGAAUAAAAUGCUGUGGUAUCUCAUAAAGAUAAGGUCAUGUGGUAUUUUUAGUUGGUUUAGGAUUUUUAGUUACUUUAAGGUCGAUAAACGUCUUCGUUUUCGAUUGGUUAGUUAGAAAAUAAGAAGCGUUUUUAUUGUUUAAUUCAUACUGUCUGAGGAGUAAAGUCAAACUUGUCUGUGACUUAAAAUCACUGAGACGUAACGUAAUUAUGCACUUCCUAUUUCCUGCUGCUGUGAUUGUCCUUGUUCCGGUUCACUGAUUUUUGGCGGGCAAAUCGUGUAUAUUAAUGAGGGCAAAGACAAACUAGCUCUUGUCCUAUUUCCUGCUGCUGUGAUUGUCCUAGUUCCGGUUCACUGAUUUUUGGCGGGCAAAUCGUGCAUAUUAAUGACGGCAAAGACAAACUAGCUCUUUUUAGCACGAAAUACAAUGUUUUACUUACCCCACACCCCUCAUAUUCUUCCUCAAUUGAUUUAUUUUCCCUUUUUUUGAUUUUACUCUUUAUUUUUAAUUUCCAUCCACGACCACAUCUACCGUACAUCGACCCCACAUCGACCCUACAUGGACCCCACACUGACCCUACCCCCACCUUUUUUUUUUUCCACCACUACAUUUUUAUUGUUUUCCCUCCUCCUCCUCCUCAUUUUUAUUGCUUUCCCUCCUCCUCCUCAUUUCUAUUGUUUUUCCUCCACCACCACAUUUCUAUUGUUUUCCUUCCACCACCACCACCACCGCCACCACAUUUCUAUUGUUUUCCCUCCACCACCACCACCACAUUUUUAUUGUUUUCCCUCCACCACCACCACCACCGCCACCACAUUUCUAUUGUUGUCCCUCCACCACCACCACCGCCACCACAUUUCUAUUGUUUUCCCACCACCACCACCGCCACCACAUUUCAAUUGUUUUCCCUCCUCCUCCUCCUCCUCAUUUUUGUUUUCCCUCCUCCUCCUCAUUUUUAUUGUUUUCCCUCCUCCUCCUCCUCCUCCUCCUCCUGUACUCCUACUUUACCCCUCCUGUACCCUUCCUGUACCCCUCCUGUACCCUCCUGUACCCCUCCUGUACCCUUCCUGUACCCUUCCUGUACCCCUCCUGUACCCCUACUGUACCCUUCCUGUACCCUUCCUGUACCCCUACUGUACCCCUCCUGUACCCCUCCUGUACCCCUCCUGUACCCCUACUGUACCAAAACAAAAUUGAGGAGGAGGAGGAGGGAAAACAAUUGAAAUGUGGUGGCGGUGGUGGUGGUGGAGGGAAAACAAUAGAAAUGUGGUGGUGGUGGAGGGAAAACAAUAGAAAUGGGGUGGCGGUGGUGGUGGUGGUGGUGGAGGGAAAACAAUAGAAAUGAGGAGGAGGAAGGAAAGCAAUAAAAAUGAGGAGGAGGAGGAGGGAAAACAAUAAAAAUGUGGUGGUGGAAAAAAAAAAAGGUGGGGGUAGGGUCAGUGUGGGGUCCAUGUAGGGUCGAUGUGUGGUCGAUGGAUGAAAAUUAAAAAUAAAGAGUAAAUCAAAAAAAGGGAAAAUAAAUCAAUUGAGGAAGAAUAAGAGGGGUGUGGGGUAAGUAAAACAUUGUAUUUCGUGCUAAAAAGAGCUAGUUUGUCUUUGCCGUCAUUAAUAUGCACGAUUUGCCCGCCAAAAAUCAGUGAACCGGAACUAGGACAAGAGCUAGUUUGUCUUUGCCCUCAUUAAUAUACACGAUUUGCCCGCCAAAAAUCAGUGAACCGGAACAAGGACAAUCACAGCAGCAGGAAAUAGGAAGUGCAUAAUUACGUUACGUCUCAGUGAUUUUAAGUCACAGACAAGUUUGACUUUACUCCUCAGACAGUAUGAAUUAAACAAUAAAAACGUUUCUUAUUUUCUAACUAACCAAUCGAAAACGAAGACGUUUAUCGACCUUAUAGUAACUAAAAAUACCACAUGACCUUAUCUUUAUGAGAUACCACAGCAUUUUAUUCAUGAGAUCAAGACAAUAGCCUAUGACGUCAUUGGCGUUAAUUUAUUCUACCGCAAAUUGAUGAGAAUCCACCGCAUUUUAUUCAUGAGAUUAAUACAAUAACCUAUGACGUCAGUGACGUUAAUUUAUUCCUGCUCAACGCUAAUGAGAUUCCUGAGCAUUUUAUUCAUGAGUUCAAGACAAUAGGUUAUGACGUCAUUGGCGUUAAUGUAUUCCUCCGCACUCUAAUGAGAAUCCUCCGCAAAAAAGAGGUUAAUUCGGUCCCUCCUAUACUACUUCUAUCGGCAAGUGGCUUCGCAAUCGUGAAGAAACAACACUUGUCUUCUUUCGUAACUGGUCAAGGAACUUUAGUUCCAUCAUGUGUUUUUCCAUAAACUUUCAAACAGGCUCUUGUGGCUUUUUUGUUUGUUUGUUUUUUCACCGAUAAAAUUGCAUUUUCUAGCAUUCUAAGAAAUCAAUUAAAACGAUUUGCUUCGGGCGCCAUUCUAUCCUCCGCGAAAGAAAAUCUCAGUUAGCUUCCAAUUUUAAACUGACGCGUACACCGACCAUAUAUGGAGAGCAUAGUAUAAUUGUAAUGAAAUCAGUACAUUAACAGUAAAUUAUGUACGUGUAAUUAGUCAUCAUUAUGUACGUCACUAAUCAGAUAUUCUAAGCCUUGGCUGAAUGGAAUAAACACAAGAUCAUACACAGAUCAGUCUGAUUGAUAUCUCUCUCAUAAUGGCUCAUAUACCAUAAUGGCUAAGCCAAUCAAAACGCUAGAAUUGCAUUAUCAAAUGAUUCAGUUUUUAAUGAUGACUGAUAGAAUACCAGUGUUACGGACUUGUAUAGCGUUACAGCGUGACAUCGGGUCACGUGAAACUUGACGUUUGCAAUCAGGUGACUUAAGCGUUUUCGCUUUUUUCUUGUUCUGAAAUAAAUCUCUCUCUGUGUGGUUGAUAUUUAUCGAGGUGGAACCUUAAGAUCCUUUGAAUUCUUCGAAAUCAGCGAUUAACACCCUAUAAAGCAUUACCUUCUCUUACAUGGUCACUACGAACCGGAUUAUUCUGUUGGUGAUAGUUCUUGUUGUGUUAAUCCUUGGAACGGACAAUUCUUGUUUAAAAACACGUGAUGUGAUUUUUCAUUCGUCAACGAGUUGUUUAUUUUAAAAGUGCAUGUGAUGCCACCCAAAGUGAAAGCCAUUUCAAGGAAAAAAGCUGCGCGUGAAGGGCACAGAACAACCGUCAAACGUAUUGCUUACGCCGUCAGUGAACAAGUGGAUGGCUCGUGGAGCGACGUUAGCGUGGACGAGAACAAACAAGCGCUUGCCCUACUCGUGUCAAAGCUUCACCAGCAAAGGCAAUCCCUGCACGUCAAAUUGGAAACCCUAAACGUUGUGGACGAAGAAAUCUUGUCAAUCGUGGAAGAAGAGGAAAUGGAAGACGAAAUUCGGGAAGCAGAUCUCGUAAAUGAAUUAAUUUAGCUCACCAUCACUAGAAUUGAUAAUCUUCUUGAAAAUAUGAAGACCCCCGCGAAGACCGUGGCCGCAUCAAAGGACAAGACACCAGUAAGCCCUUCUAAAGUUGUUACUAGUGACUUCUUACCGUCAAAUGACUCUGUUGAAUCUCCGGUAAGCCUUUCUGUAUCUGCUGGAAGUGUUGAACCCUCGAAUAAUCUUGUUGAAUCUCCGAGUCCAACACCAAUUUUAAGCUUACCUACUCAAGAAACAGUCCCUCGAGUUAAAUUACCUAAACUGGACUUGAGAAAAUUUGAUGGAGAAGUUAGUACAUGGCCCACCUUCUGGGAUUCCUUCGAGUCCUCUAUUCAUAAGAAUCCUACAUUGGCUCCUAUUGACAAGUUCAAUUAUUUAAACUCACUCCUUAUGAAACCAGCUCUUGAUGCCAUUUCUGGCCUGUCUCUCACUGCAUCAAAUUAUGAAGAAGCAGUUGCGAUCCUUAAGAAGAGAUUUGGAAACAAGCAACAAAUUAUCAAUCGCCACAUGGAUAUUCUUCUUAAUGUUAGCCCUAUGACUAAUCAAGACACAAGAAAGCUAAGGGAACUAUAUGACACUUAAGAGUCUCAUGUAAGAACCCAUUAUUCACUAGUUAUCGUUUUAAGCUCCUAUGGAAGUUUACUCUCAUCAAUUAUUAUGAACAAGCUGCCUCAAGAGCUACGAUUGAUUAUUAGUAGAGAAAUAAAGGAUCAAGAUUGGCAGCUAGAUAAUAUUAUGCAUUCAUUGGAGGACGAGUUAAAAGCCAGAGAGCGUGCAGUCCCUCAUGAUGAGUGUCAGAUAUCAGAUGGAAUUCAAGGAUUCUCAAAGGCUCAGACGCGGUCAACUACGUCUGCUUUAUUUGCAGGACAUUCAGGACCCACUUGUACAUAAUUAUUGUAAACAGAGCGAUCCUUCUAACUCCUGCAAAAUUGUGACCAAAAUUGUGCUGGUCGAAAGGAUCUUCUCAUUAAGCAAGGAAGAUGUUUUGUUUGCCUCAGGAAAGAUCAUCUCAGCAGAAAUUGUCCUUCAAAGAAUCAAUGUUUCAAGUGUAAGGGCCGACAUCAUAUCAGCAUUUGCCCAUCUGAUGGCAGCAAUGAAGGUAGUGUCCACAAUAGUACCAAUGUUUCAAGAACACCGAGUCAAGAACAGCCUCAGAAUCAGCGCGGGAACAAUGAUGAAGGUACCCCCAGACCUGGCGUAAAUUCCUUUAGAGCUGCAUCCAGACAGGAACAGAACCAGAAACAACCAAAGACCUUAAAACAGAACCUCACAGCCCUGUAUGUCAGCGCCGCUACUCCAGUCCUACUUCAAACAGCCAAAGCAUUGACAUACAAGCCUGGCAAUUCAGCAGUCACAGUGAAGGCUCGUUUUAUCUUAGAUAGUGGAAGCCAACGAACCUAUGUGAGCACAAGGCUAAGAGAGCGUCUAAGGUUACUUACUGAGAACACUGAAAGAAUAUCCAUCAAAACCUUUGGUUCGACAAAUGAGAAUAGUCAGUGUGUGGAUGUUGUCCGAUUCUGUGUCGCCACUGAGCAAGGAGAAGAUGCAGAACUGUCAGCCUUUGUCGUUCCCACUAUAUGCGAUCCUCUUCAAAGUCAAUCUGUUGUACAAGCUGGCCUCACCUACGCUCAUUUAAAGGGACUUAAACUUGCUGACUACCAUACGGGUGAAGACAAUAUUGACCCUGAUAUUCUUGUUGGGUCCGAUCAGUAUUGGAGUCUAGUAUCUGGCGGGGUGGUACGAGGAGAGCAUGGCCCCACUGCAAUUGAAACAAAACUUGGAUGGGUUUUGUCAGGUCCAAUCCCAGAAGGAACACAAGUUAAUAGGCAGCAAAGUAAUCUUGUCACAACACAUGUAGUGAAGAGUGUAGUAAAACCUGUUGAUGUCUCAAAUGAGACCCUUGAUGGAACUCUAAAGACAUUCUGGGAACUAUAAUCACUUGGCAUUAAACCAAGGAUGCUGUAUGAAGAAUUUCAAAAGAAGAUAUCCUUUACGAAUGAGAGGUAUGAAGUCCACCUUCCCUGGAAAACGCCGCAUCCGCUUCUUCCAGACAACUACCAGUACCAGUUUAGUAGGAAACGUCUAGAGAACGUUCUUGAACGUCUUCGCCACGACCCUGAAGUCCUUAGAGAAUAUGACUGUGUCAUAAAGGAACAGCUACAUAGAGGCAUAGUUGAAGUUGUAGAAAAGCCUAGCGAAGGAGAAGUUGGUAGGGUCCACUACAUACCGCAUCAUGCAGUCAUAAGAAGGGACAAGUUAACAACCAAGCUUAGAGUCGUUUUUGAUGCUUCUGCAAAAUCUGAUGGUGUAGCCUUGAACGAUUGUCUGUAUGCAGGACCACCCCUUGCUGAGAACAUUAUUUGAUGUACUUUUGAGAUUUCGUGUUAACCAAGUGGCUUUGACCAGUGAUAUCGAAAAGGCAUUUCUGAUGGUGGGCAUGGCAGAAGAAGAUAGAGACGUGUUAAGAUUCCUAUGGGUGGAUGCUAUUGACAAACCUUCUCCAGAAAUUGUGGUUCUAAGGUUUACACGUGUUGUCUUUGGAGUCUCAUCUAGUCCUUUUCUGUUAAAUGCCACAAUCAAGCAUCACAUCGAAAGGUACAAAGAAACGAAUCCUGAAUUCGUAGAGAAAUUUCUUCGCUCGAUUUAUGUGGAUGACCUAAGUUCUGGAGCCCCUGAGACUAAUACAGGCUAUGAACUUUAUCUGAAGUCCGAACUCAGGCUUGCCGAAGGAGGAUUCAGCCUAAGGAAGUUUGUAGCAAAUUGCCCUGAACUAACAAACACAAUUCAAUGUAAUGAAUCCAGAAACUCUGAUGCCGGUACAUCCAGUAAGGCUGCUAAGCCCAAGUGUGUACAGUCCCCUCGAGCCUAUCCAGAAAGGAAUGUUGUUUCUGAAGACAAAACUUACGUCAAGAAGAUGCUUGACACAAUAGAAGAGAAAAACAGCUGAGACUCAAAGGUCCUUGGAGUACACUGGAACCCCAUGAAAGAUGCAUUGAUAUUUGAUUUGACCGAGAUAGCGAACUUUGCAAGAGACCUUGAACCCACCAAGAGAAAUGUUGGUGGUGUUGCCGCAAAGUUUUAUGACCCUUUUGGAUUUCUUUCACCAGUUGGUAUAGAGUUUAAGUUGUUCUUCCAAGAACUUUGCCGAAUAAAAAUUGGUUGGGAUGAUCCCUUGAAUGAUGAAUUGUUGAAGAUGUGGCGCAAGCUGUUGGAUGGGUUAGAAGGUGUAACAGCGCUUUCACUAUUAAGAUGCUUCCAAGGAGUGCAAGAGAGAGUUGUCAGUUGUAGCCUUCAUGGAUUUGUUGACGCAUAUAGUAAGGCCUAUGCAACAGUGAUCUACGUGCACGUGACUACCACCACAGGAAGCUAUGUCAAGUUUGUUGCAUCCAAGUCCAGAGUUGCCCCUGCGAAAGAAUUAUCCAUUCCAAGAUUAGAGCUUCUUGCCGCUCUAGUACUAGCCAGGCUGAUUGAGCAUGUUAACGAGGCCUUGCAACUAGAAUUGGCAAUUACAGAUAUAACUUGCUGGAUUGAUUCUAAAGUAACAUUAUUUUGGAUCAAAGGCGAAGAAAAAGAGUGGAAGCAAUAUGUCCAAAAUCGGGUCAAUUAGAUCAGGAGCCUUGUAACAGUGAGUAGUUGGCGACACCGUAACGGAAAGUGUAACUCAGCCGAUAUUCCCUCAAGAGGAUUGAAUCCUGUAGAAAUCUCAAAGUGUGCCUUGUGGAUGAAGGGCCCCAUGUGGUUAACUAAGUUUAUGGAAAACAGUGAGAGCGUGUUUGACAGCACACAUAUGUACCUGAAGAAUGUUUUGCAGAAAUCAGAGCUGAGGAAAGAGCAAAGUGCCUAAAAGAAGCCUCAUCCGUUAUGCCUGCAGCAGUUGAACCCUGCGGUAUAGCACAGAUCGUGAGAGCAGAAGACUAUAGCAACCUGCAGAGACUCAUAAGAGUUACUGUCCUAGUUCUAAAGCUUGUGAGAAUCAUGAAGUUAUUGCUGAAAAGGGACACCCUUUCACAAGACGAGUCGACCGAUCAAGAUAUUGCCGUUGCAGAAACCCUUUGGAUUAAGGAAAUACAGACGUCCUUAAGCAAGAAUCCUAAGGUCGAUAUUUGGAAGAAGCAGUUUGGCAUCUUCACCGAUCAUCAAGGCAUUAUGAGAUGCACUGGACGCUUAGCCAAGGCAGAGUUACCAACUUCACUCAAGCACCCCAUUUUGUUGGAGAAAGACCACCACAUCACAUCCUUAAUUUUCGUUGACAGCCAUAAACGAGUUAUGCAUGGUGGUGUGAAGUCCACUGUGACAGAACUAAGAGGAAGAUUUUGGAUCGUACAGGGCAGACAGUUUGUUAGAAAGUUACUGUACAGGUGUGUGAUUUACCGGAAACUUGAAGAAAGGCCAUAUCAAGCUCCACCACCCCCGCCCCUCCCAGAAUUAAGAGUAAAGGAAUACUCACCAUUUACCUAUAGUGGAGUUGAUUUUGCGGGACCUCUCUAAGUGAAAAAUCAUUCUGGCCCUCAGCAGAAAGUAUGGAUCUGCCUCUACACUUGUUGUAUUACCAGAGCUAUUUGUUUGGAUCUCGUACCCAGCCUCACAGCCUCCCCAUUCAUGAGGAGUCUCAGAAGAGUUUCUGCCCGUCGUAGCACUCCACUGUUGAUGGUGUCUGAUAAUGGGAAAACCUUCGAAGUCAGCAGCGCGAGAAAUCACGAAACUGAUGAAUGAACCGGGAGUAAAACAAUACUUUGCCAAUGCACGGAUGAAGUGGACGUUCAACCUUGAAAAGGCCCCUUGGUGGGGUAGCAUAUUCGAAAGACUUGUGAGAUCUAUUAAGAGAUGUCUGAAGAAGACUAUCGCCGGUGCAACCCUUACCUAUGAAGAAUUGCAUACAGUAGUCGUGGAAGGGGAAAUGAUACUGAACUGCAGGCCUCUGUCCUACGUGUCAGGUAAGGAUACUUAAGAAACCCUUACCCCGUCGCAUCUCAUAUGUAGGCAACGCCUAAUGAGCCUUCCAGACAGCAACACCAGCGACACUCCAGAUUAUGACGUUGAUGUUCAGCCACAGGAUCUAAGCAGAAGAAUGCAGCCCCUGAGCAACGUUCUGAACCAUUUUUGGAACAGAUGGAGAAACGAGUACCUGAUCGAGCUGCGAAAUACCCAUCGUUACCUUAAUCAGAAUGACACUAUCAGAACUGUAUCUGUUGGAGACGUAGUUGUUUUGCAGGAAGAAGAUCAGCCCAGAGGAAAAUGGCGUAUUGGCAAGAUUUUAGAUGUCAUCGUUGGAUCUGACGGUUGCACCAGGGGAGCUUUGGUCCAAGUCCGAAGCAAAGGAGGAAAAUGCACGAAACUCAGGCGCCCAGUGCAGCGGCUUUACCCUUUAGUGAUCCAGUGCGAAGUUCCUGUCUAAGAAACAACCGAAGCAAGCUCAAGCCGGAAUCCUGAUCCAGUUAGCACUGAAGUGAGAACUGAGCAACCAGUGUCUACACGGAGCUGCCCAAGAAGAGCAGCAGCCUUUGAGGUCGACCGAAGAAGGAAGACCUGGCUGGAGGAUCUGACUUAAUGAACUUUGAACUUUGCUACGAAUUAUCGUUGAGUUUAGGUGUCUGAAUAGUAUGUAAGGGUUGUCGACCAGGUAGAAUUAGGUAGCCAAAUAAUAAUCUGGUCAACAGGGGGGAGUGUUAUGGACUUGUAUAGCGUUACAACCUGACAUCGGGUCACGUGAAACUUGAUGUUUGCAAUCAUGUAACUUUAGAGUUUUCGCUUUUUUCUGUUCGGAAAUAAAUCUCUCUGUGUGUGGUUGAUAUUUAUCGAUCUGGAACCUUAAGAUCCUUUGAAUUCUUCGAAACCAGCGAUUAACGCCCUAUAAAGCGUUAUCUUCUCUUACAAUUAUAUUCCGAAAUGUGUUGAAAACUGUAUUCAGAUAUUUGCAAUAAAGAAGAUGAACUCGAUGAGCUAUAUGGUAAAUUCCAUGAAGCUGAGGCAGAUCUUGCUACAGUGAGGCAUAAACGAUCUCUAAUGAAAAUAUAUUUGAAAACGUUGAAAGAAAUGGCUGACAACAUAAGUCUGCUUGUAAGCUUUGGUGGAGCAUAUUGAGGGGAAAUACAAUAUGGGCGCGUCAGCGCCCAUAAGGAGAGCCCAAGGUGCGACAUGCUAGCGGGGUGCGGGGACAUGACCUUCCGGAAAGUUCUGAAAAUUCAAGUACUGUGAGAUGUAAUCUGGCGCUUAAAUUAAAUUGGCGAGGUGAUCGACUAAAGGAAAUAUAGAUGGCCGAUGUACCGGCUCUUUGCCAGUACAUCUCUUUUUAAAUAAUAUAUAUCAUACCUUGCAAAUCACUUGUAAGCCCGUGCUUAUUUGCUUAAAGGCAGGUACGCCCCUGUUAUAUAUACUGUAGUAAUGGCAAUGAUGGAAAAAGCAUUCAAGAAUAAUGAAUUGGAAAUUGAGUUGACUUCAUAUAUUGAUACCAAACAGAAUAUCUGGUUCAAGAGAAAAGAUGUUGCUAAAAUUUUGGAUAUUUUGAUACAGACGAAGCUUUGAGAGAAAAUAUUUCUGAAAAAUACCAAAAAAGCUAUCCCGACUGCCAGACGGGUCAGGUGAGAAAUAGGAUUUUUAUAUCAGAACCAGGGUUUUAUAAAUUAAUUUUUGCAUCAAAGGUUGAAGCUGCUAAAAAAUUCUGAGACUGGGUAUUUUCAACAGUACUCCCAUCAAUCAUAAAAUAUGGGGAGUAUAAACUGUUUGAUAACCCAAAUAACCGGAUGUUCAAAAUAGAAAAUGAAGCCGAUCUUCACUAUAAAGUUGUGCAGUAUAUCAGACGAUUCUAUCCUGAGGCCAUCAUGAUUGCUGGACUGGGUGAAAACCAAAAAGACAGCUCUGAAAAGAGUAUCAAAUCAUGGAGAAAAGGUUAUAUGAAAGGCCAGCCGGAUAUUAUCAUCAUGAAUAAUCAUAAGGAGUACAACUGAAUAUGUAUUGAAUUCAAGAGCCGCACAAAUAAUUACAAAAUUAGUGAAGCUCAGCUGGAGAUAAAGAAACGGUACAAACAAAACGGAUAUAGAAUCCUAAUAUCCAAUGAUUAUGAUGAGAUUAUCGCCUUUCUAAAUAAACACAUGUGGGGAGUCAGAAUUCCAUUCAGAUACUGCUCCAAUCAGUUCCGGUCAAAGGAAACAUAUCAAACGCGUAUUAGAAGUUUCCAUAAAAGAUAAAUAUGAUUUUAUUUACAAAUUUUAUUAUGAGAAUAUUUGCUUCCAUUUGUAAUGGUUUAAUGACACCUUGAAGGCAGGGUUGUCAUUAAGAGCCGGGGGCGGGGAUUUUCCCCGGCUACUAAGAGAGUGGCCCCCGGCUACUUUUAUUGGAAAAUAGAACAAAAAUAGAACCAAAAGAAAUCCCUAGCCGUUUGAUUCCCCGCCUACUUGUUGUAUUUACCCGGCAACUUGAAAUCAUAGUGACAACCCUGCCUUGGACAAAUGUAUUUUUUUCCUUUUUGCCAUAUUUUAAGCAUUUCCAUUUGGUGUCUCUUUUUAGCGGGGCUCCCACGCGCGCGACAGAGCCCCAUACUCAUGGAAUAUGGUCAACGUCUUUUCGUUUGGUUGUCACGUGAUUGACCGAGCGUACGUACGUACGCGUCUACAGAUUGUAAGGGUGGGGUAGGGAAGACUAUCAAAAGGGAGGGAGGGGUGUCUUGGCAAGUCCACAUCUUGUAUAUUGGACAUUUACAAAAUGGUCAAUUGACAGCUGUCAAAACAGGAUAGCCACUGACCAGUAUCACAUGAACAUAUCGCGGGCUCAUGUGUCAACUCAUCGAGGUGACGUUAUUUACGUAGAAGCUGUCCGCUGACCAGUUUUACUAGAUCGCGAUGAAUGUUCAAUCAUACUUUCUAGCUAGUUUGAGAGCACAGGAAAACUGAUAAUGCACACAUAUUGGACAUCAAUGUUGUGAUCAAUUGAUAGCUGUCAAAACAGGGUAUCCGCUGACCAGUAUCACUUGAUCAGAUCGCGGGCUCAGGUGUGAAGUAUUUUUUGGACGUUAUCCACUGACAAGUCACUAGUUUUCCAAUGAUCGCAGGCUCAAAUUUAAUUUUUUUUAAAUUCAUAUGAAAUAUGUCGUGUAUUUCUGCCGCACAAUUAAAAUGUUGAUUUCAAACUGACCUCGGACGCGAAAAUUCAGCCAGCUAUUACAGGCAGGGAAGACAGUUGCUUUUGACUUUGCUCACCAUAAUCACGCUUUGGUCACGCUCUUCGCCCAAUGUUUAUGCUGUGAUUGAUCAAAAUUUGACAGGUGAGUUCAUGCGGAAAAUUUAUGCAGCAUAUUGAAUCUUGUUUACUUUGACAGCUGAAGCUGACAGAUUUUUGUGUCAGCUUGUGAUGUUUUUUACUGUCUUUUUACACUGGAUUUACAAAUGAAAUUCAGCUGCCAUCAGGAGUCUUCUGUUAUUUAUGGCUAGUUCGUUUCUAUUGGGUUUUUGGUUGAGAAAUACGUCACUUGUCAAAGUCGGAAAUCCGAUUUCGGAUGGCGUCGUUUUCGUUUUUCAUAGCCUGCGUGACAGGCGCAAAAAGGGGAGGGGGAGGGGGGAGGGAGAAAGGGAAAAGGGAAGGGAGCGCCUGCUCUAAGAGCCUAUGUUUUUGCAUAACGCCUACCAAUUUUCUAGUAAUCGGAUUACGCUUACUGUCAAUCAAGUGUCGCUACACUCGCCAUUGCAGAAAAACAUUACACUCACGGACUAAAGAAAUUCGCUUAGUUAUUCAGAUCCAGAAGGCACUUUGGAGAAAAUUGGAACCCUUAUUCAGCCGUAAUAAAAAAAGCUUUACGCUUCAAAAGAGGUCAAAGAAAUUGCGCUUGCAUCAGAGGGCAAAUCCUGCCGACCAGAAAACAAUAACUACAGUCAAUCGAUAUGUAUGUCAUGACCUCUCAGUGUGAAACAUGCGGCUAAAAUAACAUUUGCUCAGUAUAAAUGCAGAACCUUCCAGAGCAUAAUCUACCCAGCAGAUAAAAACAACUUUAUUGGAAUAAGCAGCAUUUUGGCAUGAGGUAAAACCACCCUCUUUUAUUGUUAAGUUUCAUCGGCGAAUGUCAUCGUUCGAUAAAUUGGCUAAAUCUUUCGCUUGGUAGCCCAACAAUUCCAUCUCCUGCAACUGGUCUUCGAUAAUACUUUUCAGUGGCGAAAUGACGAGAAUCGCGGCAUUACCAAUUAGCUCGUAGUUCUUCGCGCGUACAAACAUUUGGUAAAUUAAACUCUUGCCGUAUCCGGUCUGCAAAACCGCCAGAACAUCUCUGUCGGAGCCCUUACUGCUGAUUCUUGCUCUGGUUUUAAAACAGUUUCUCUACCACUAGAUAAAUUCACAUCUCUCAAAGCACUCUCUACGACAUCCACGUCUACCGCUGCCAUCUCGACUGUUUGUUGAUUUGUGAAACGCGCAUUUCAAUAUGUUACUCAUUACGGCUCAGCCAAUCAGGAAUUUGCGGACGCUCUUAGAGCAGGCGUCCCGCCCCUCUCCCCAAUCUCCCUCCCCUUUUCCCUUCCUCCCUAUCCCCUACCCCCUACCCCUUUCGACGCCUGGUACGCAGGCUAGUUUUUCACCUUGCUUGAUGCGUAAGAGGGUUGCAAAGUCUGAAGCGAUACUGGCCUUACUUGAUACCUUUCAGAGCUGCAUCUCGAAUGGUACGCCAGAGUAAUUAUUGUAUUUCAUGUGUGUUUUUUUUAUAUCUAAUUUAACGACGUCGAGCGUAGUUUAUGCGGCUAUUUAGUUUAUGCACGUUGUAAGAUUUGAGACAAUGAUCUGACCGAGUAUCAGUUUUGAUAUAAGCUUACAGAAUUUUAAAAAGCCUUCCGACAUUUUCUCACCGCAAAUAGAAAGAAAACGUUCCAAAUAAUAUUUAGUUAUAAUUCUGGCUGUAAAAGAAAGCUUUGAGCGAUUUUCUUGCCUCGAGUUCAUCUUUGAAAAGACGCAGACAUCGGGAAGCCGGCUUAAAACAUAAACUUAAGCUUUAAGCUUGAAGACUCAGGAUUUUUAGAGACACUUUAAUACUUGUCUUCGUGAACGAAAAUUGUUGUCUCCCCGGUCGGUAUAUGUUUCACCGAAUUAUAUUGCUUUUAUUGAUUGUUAGUAGUUUCUCUUGUAAUUUUAGUCGUUCAGUGAACAUCGCUUGCAGGAGGUACUCAAAAUGCCGCGCGUAUCAAACGCUAUUGAAGAUUACAGAUCGAUAAAACCAUUAAAUAAAAAAUAACCGUAAUAAAUUCUUUAUUAUGUUGAAGCGUAACUCUGUUAAUGUUCAUUCAAACACUACCACAGCUCGCUCUGCAAAAGUGAGAACCGGCUGGCCAUAUAUACUAGGUGAUUUUGGAAAUUUUUUCAACUGUUUAGCUAAAACCCCACGCGUGCUUCGAUCGAUCGUCCUGAACACUGCUGAAUAUUGAGUGAGUGCACUUUGUAUUGCAAAAUUGUGAAAUACUGCAUUCUGCCCGAGGUCUGUAUGAUAAAAACAGCCCCUCAUAGUACUGUUUCACCUCAGAUGUGAUGUUUAAAUGGUAUAAAAGGCUGGUUUACACGCACCCAAAAUUCGGCCUGAGUUUUUUCCUGGCCUAAUUAAUGUACGGUGAUCAAGAGCCAUUAUGGCUCUUAAAUGUGAUCGAAGAUUAUCGCUAUUUUGGGGGUGUACAUAUGAGGCUAUCUUGAGCUAUCUUGGGCUGUUUGCAAAUUGUUUUUCUCUAAAAUCACUUAGCCUUUCCCUCAAAAGUCACAUGAAUGUGCUCUAACGUUAACUGAAUUGUGGAAUACAAGUUUAUUGUUUGAUUUAAAUUAUAAAUUUAUUAAUGGGAGCCUCGCUUUUAGCCGUGGCUAAAUCUAUAUAUUAUACUUAUCAGCCACGCUUCUUGGGCGCUUAUUGGCUGAUUUUUUAUAAUCAUCAGUUAUAUCUUCCUUCUGUAUAUACUCAAAUUUAUAUUGAUGAGCAUCUUUUUUAGAAAUGCCAGUUUUACAAUUAUUGAUCCCUUCAACAGACCAUCUUAACAAUACAGUAUUGAUGCUAAGACGCUGCUGUACGGCAUACAUACUAUUAAAGUAGACCACUCCUUGUGUAGUCUGAUUGAUUGCUUUCACGCACCUCCUAUUUUGAAAAUUAUUAGCUGCAAAUGUAUAAUCACGUUUUCUGGCUGAUUUCUUGCAGUUUGCUCGUUGAGUUACAAUCUGCAAAUUGUAUAAACGAUUAUCUUCCUUGUCCUCAUUGAAAUGCUCAAUAACUUUACCAUCAGGUAUAACACCGUUCAAGCAUUCCCAAACAAAGCGAUGAACACGAUAUGUUUUAGAAUUUUUAUCCCCAUAUUUUCUUAUUGUAAAAGCCAUAUAGCCGUUAUGAUUUGUAUUUCCAGCAUUCUGAACUUGUUUAAUAAUAUGAAUUAUCUGACCAUCUUUGGAAGCUGCAUACAUAUUAAAGAUGGGAUGAAUUUUAUAAACACACUCAUUAAUAACUAAAUUCCUUGUUUCGCUAUCUGAUUGAUUGGAAAUAUGGCCAUUAGCUUCUUUCCACUCAUUAAAAUCAGAAAUAGGGCCAUUUUUUAAAAAAGAAAAACCGACGAGUCUGUCGUUAGAAUAGAAGGUAACUUUUUCAUAUUUUAGAUAAGCUCACUUUUUCAGCAAUAAUAUAAAGCCGUAAACAAAUAACUGAAAAGAAACGCAAUAAACUUCAUUCAAACGGUAUUCAGCUGUGUUCAGAGCACGAGUUAUGGAAAAAGCACACUGAAAAAUUCUAAAAUGGCAAGUAAUGAAUAACAAAAUGAAUAGCAGUUCAAUGGAACAUUUACAAAUGCAACACUUCAGUUAUAAUUCAAGAAAGGUGAGUAGCCCGUCCGAAGUGUUUCUAAAAAUCUCACGAUCUGUAGUCUCACGAUCGUGUUUUGAGCUAAUGUUAUGAAUGAACAAUGGCAGAUAAAUAACUUAAGUUCUUGAAACUUGUUUUAAAAACCCAUAAGUUAAUCCUAAAAAGCAAUUCGUGUAACGCUAACUAGAUCGUGGAUCCGUUCUCGCAAGUCAAAUCAGCUGAGCACAUGGCAAAAAAUCAAUUUCAAAUGCACAUUUUGUGGUUUUUCUUUCACGCCGAUGUCAAAAUGUAGAAAACGUCCAUGAAGCCUUUAUAGAUACAAAAAUUCCCUUUUAAAAACGUAGUUUUCUUGAGCAUAGAGUACAGAAUGUAACUCAAGUUCCUUCAGAAACCUCACUGCCUUGGUUGGUACAAAACAAGCCAAGCGCUCCAAUCCGCCGUGAAGAAUGCGAAGAAUUGCUCGAAAGACAAUUUCAUGGCGAAAACCUUUCGUCUGUCCGCAAAAAGGAAACAGAGCAUUCUUUUGAACUUGCUCUUUCGAUUUGUGUAUUUUAUCGGCGUAUUUUCAAUCUUGAAAUGCAAAACUUUGGUCUUGAAAACCACCACAUGAUGAACGCGCGCCGGCCAUUUGUUGAUGGAUGACAUUUACUGAGGUGUCAAAUCCAUUUCUUCUCCCACCUUCUAAGUGGUUGACCAUAAGACUUUUGUGGGGGAGGGGGUAUGGAUGAUUUAGCUCGGUAAGAAUUUUUUCCCCGACAUAUAACGGUGUAAGAUUUCUUUUUCAGCAUUAUUCGUCAUGAGCGAUAUUUUUUUUUCAGUGCAGAAUAUUAUUUUUCCCAGGUAUUUCCUUGCAAGCUUUUUUCUCCUCGAAAUCCGUCUGCAGGAUAUUUUUUCCUGAAAUCACCCAUAACCCCCUCAAAAGUCAAAUGGUUGGCCCUUAAAAUCCACCAAACAUUUGCUCAGUUGACAGAUUCUGAUUUGUCAAUCAUUUCCAAAGCCUUUUGAAACAAUAGGGAACAAGAGGAAAGGGGAGGAAUUCGUUUCUACUUACCCCUACCUGGAGACGUACCGACGUACGGUGACGUCAUAACCAAAUUUUCUCGGAUGGAUAGUUCACCAAAUUUUCCUAGUUAUGGGGCUACGCUCGCGCUCGCGGAGGCGCCGCUCUAAUUACGGUCACCCAAGUAGUUUAGCUUUUUAGUUAUUUUGGGUGUCCCACGACUGUUUGUAUGGUUAUACUUAUAGUUAUAUUUCUUGUAAAUUCUCUUAGUUGUCUGUCUACAGUAUUAAAAUAAACUGAUGUCUCAUGUCUCUUGUAAACGAUGAGGCAGCUCAUUUAACUAGGCUGGAGCAACACCAUGGAGGAUCUUGUAUGUGACCAGGAUAAUUUUAAAAAUAAUUCUUUCUCUCACGGGAGCCAGUCUAAACUUUUUAAAAUGGAGUGAUGGGAGCAGACGUUUUUGCUCAAUUAUUUUGCAACAGUUAUGUCGUAGGAGGGUAGGCCGUGAAGAAUUCUGUUGCAGUAAUUGAGUUUUGAAGAAACAAAUGCAUGAUUAGGAAGUUCCUUAACAGAUCUGGAUAGAAAGUUCCUAAUUUUUCCGAUGUGGUGAAAAGAAUGUCAGGCGAAGCGAUGUGUGAUUAGCUGCAUUUUCAAACCCGUAGAUGGAGAAAUUAUAUCAGUUUCAACAAGCUCUAAAGUUACGUGCAAACGGACGCAACAAUUCCCAACAUUGUUAGGCAGUAAUGUUGAGAGUUGUUACGUCCGUUUGCACGUAGCUAAAAGUUUGACCGGUUUCAAACUUUGCGCAACAACUCACAACAACAUGCAAAAGGGUGUGCAAGCGGACGCAACAUGUAACAUCAAACAAUAUUGGGAGUUGUUGGCCAUCGAUGUUGCGUCCGUUCGCUCGGGCUUAAGAGUUUUUUGACCAACUUGUUUAUCAGUUGCUCAACAAAGUUAAACCAGUGCGGUAGAAGCCCAAAAAGUGGUUACAUUCCCCGAAAGUCUAUUUAGAGAAGGCGGCGGGGGAGAAGCCUAGUAGAGAUAUAGCCCUACCACUUUUUCCUUCGGGUUGAUUACAUCCCGAUGGCGCUUCUAAGAAUAAUUGGAUGCCCCCCACUAUGGAUAGAUUUCACUUUUUCUUUGGUUUGCAUCUUGGAAAGCGCUAUUCUUGUCACGCUGAUAAUCUAACACUCUUUACGGGAUAAAGAUGGCUGCUGUAAGAGAAAAACACCUAGCAAAUCUAACAAUGAAACGCCCACAACAAAUACUUUGACCUUUUCAACGCUAAUGUUUUCCACGACAAUAAAGGACUGGCUGGCCAGUGAACGCUUCCAAGAAAGGAACGCACUCCACACCAGUUCCUCUUCUAAAAUACUCGGGAAUAUGGCAUAAUUAUAGGCAAUUUAUGUCUCAUCUGGAACAGAAUGGCUUACUCUGACUUUCCUUGUAACCACUCUACUGAAUUAGCAGUUAUAUACUUAAAUGAUGGCGACAGAAAACAAGCCUCAAACAGAAAUUAAACACUCAGGCUUUGUGUUUAUUAACCUAUCCAAGGCUUUCUAUACAACUCGUCAAGUCACGCUGGACUUCUUAGAAAAACUUCAAUUUUAGGAACCGUGGAACCGAACUGGAAUCUCAGGCUGUAAAGAUUCAUUGUAAAGAUGCGUUAAAAAAGAUGAACAAACACUGCUUGCAGGUAGCAAUUAAAGGUAGUCGAGUUGAGCAAAUCAACGUACACCUGUGAUCAUUUUCAUCUGAUAGCUUUUUUAGUAAAAUAUCCUGAAUACUGUUUUAAAAGUUAUUUUUACGACGACUUUCUUUGUUUGUCUAACCUUGAACUUUCAACAAAGUGAGCCCUCUUGAAGAUGAUUUUGUCACACAUGAUAACAUGUUAGUUUUCUGUGGUUGCCAGCAGAUGCCUGAAUGAAAACGUGAACAGGCGAACCUUCCGUAAGCGACUACCCAAAAUGCAAAGACUGGGUGGUCGCUUACGGGAGGUUGUGGCCUCUUCCAAGAAGAGGUCCAGACACAUCUACUUUAUGGAAGAUUAUUUAUUGCAUGUAAUAUGUAAGUUACGACAUCUGUAGUUCCAUGUUGUAACUUAAGUUUUUCAUAUAUUCUAACUAACAUAGUGCACACAGCGAACAUAGAGAUCAGAGAAUGCGUCAAGUGGUCGCUUACUAGAGGUAAAAAACAAUCGAAAAUCAUUACCCGUCAGGCCCAAAAAGUAGUCGCGGUCGCUUGCAGGAGGUGGUCGUUUACUAGAGGUUCGAACCGUAAGGCUUUGACUGGGAAAAUUUUGGCGUUUUGGAUUGGCGGUCGUUUAUGGGAGGUGGUCGCUUACGAGAGGUGGUCGCACGUAGAGGUUCGACUGUAAUUUCGAGCCCUACAUGAUGAGGAGAAGGACUUGGUACCGAUGAUUUUUUUCAGUAUUCUUCAAAAAUUCUGUCAGAAUUUUUUUUGUCUAACAAAAAUUUAUACUUUAGCAAGCAAUAAGGCACUUGAAAUUCUGCUUUUACAAUAACUUUACCUACAUGCAUAUAGCCUCCUUCUCCGCUAGCAAAAAUCUCCUCUGCACAGGUGCACAGACGGUGUACUUUUUUUUUAAUUUAUCAGGAAUUUGAGGAAGAACAAGAAGAAGAAGGAAAGAAGUUCAUUCCUGCAGACAGGUGCACUGAAUCAGAUAAAGUAAAUGAUCUUAGAUCACUACAACGCAAACUUGGAGAAACACUAAUCCUUUUCGUGAAAAAACAGAAAGACUCAGAAACCUGGGAGGCACUACAUGCAGAAGUUACAAACACAAAUGAAACACUUCAACAGGUUUGCUGAAUUGUUAAUAUUUGCUCCUGUUCUACCGUACUAGUUGAAAAUCAUAGCAAGUCUGGUAGCCAUUCGUUAUCUGGUCAAAGCCUACAUGGUAUCAGAAUGAUAGACGUUUGAAAGGGAGGAAGAAAUGGGGAAUUAACGCAUGAUACAACACCGAAGAAGGACUGACAAGAGGAGUAGCCCGAUUUCCCCCCUCCCUUUCGAUUAAGUGCCACACAGUGUAGCAAAUAGUUUUCACUGACGAGUUUUAAAAUAAGAAAAAGCCCUUUUUUGUGCUAGCUUUUGUAUGCGAUCAGCCUGACAUAUUUAAAAGUAGUGAACUUAGUUUUAUUAAUACAAUAAAUGUCAUUUUCUUUCCAGGUUGCCUCAAAGUCUGUAAGUGAAAUUUGUGGCACAGAUUUAAGUGUACAGUUUCUUAACAAUGCACCCAUUGCGGUAAUAAAGAAUUACAAGAAUAAAGGAAACAAGGUAAGAGUUACACAAAGAUUCAGUUAUAAUCGUUGUUGUUAUUAGGGAUUUUAAAUAGAAGCCUACAGUACGUAAAUUGUGUUGUCGAUCAAGGCAGGUGUUCAAGAACAUUUCGACUUUUUAGCACCCCUCUAAGACAGUUGCGUAUUUAUUGACGGUCGAGUAUUCUUCUGGAUAGGUACUUUUUAUAUCGUAUUCGACCAUUUGUUUCUGAAAUGAUUUACAUUUACCAUUUGCCGUGUAGAGACUACCCCUCACAUUUGAUUAUUGGCUGGGUUGGUCAACAUAAGUUAACUUAAUUGGCUAAUAAACAGGUAGAUGAUUUAGGCAGCUUACAUGGGCUUUCAAAGUAUCUUAAGAGCAGUGUUCGCUAAACACAGUUGCAGGCAAUUUAUGAAUAAAUGUUCUUGAGAAAAAAGGAUACAUACUCAUAGGACAGGCUAGUUUGAAGCGGGAUGAAACUUUCUAAGUGCGAGUGAUGUGUCCUGCGCAUGACAGGGUGCAAAAGCCCGGGAGAGUUAACAGAGAAGAGCCCCCUUGUGACCAUAAAGAGGGAUGUGAUCCGAAUGUCAAUCUGACGUUGCUCAAGGGUACGCCAUUCUAGGUCCUCAAGCCUGCUGGUGGCGCUAUAUGUGUUGUUGUAUCGGCGCAGGCGCCACUGAGCCGCGCGGCCUGUAUCCUUUCGAUCUUAUAUCAACCGUUAUUUUCAACGCCUGGGCGGGGGUCCCUACAACUUGAGCCGUACUCGACCUGGGGGCGGACUAAGCCUUUGUAAGCCAAAGCUUAUAAAGGCUUUAGUACGCGUGUUAGCGACGACGGGUAUACGUCUUCGGUCGCAGGCUUUAAGCGUGUAUAAAUACACGAAAAUUCAUGGGCCUCAAUUCGAGAGAAAUUACAUUAUUGCCAAAGAUCAAAAACGUGUGAACGUGGCGCGUCAUUUCAGACAUGGCCGAAAAUAGACUGCAUGCUCAUCACAAGAUUUGCAUACAAUGCAGUGAGCCUCAUCAUCGAAGUUUUGCUAAUUAAGAUUCUUCUUCCUUUUCUACCACUGAAGUGUUCACUUCUUCCAAAGUAAUCAACGCUUUCAAGUGAUAGAAUUUGUGGAGCGAUCUGUUCCGGAAAAGCUCUAAAUCGCUUUAAUCUUUCCUAAGCCUUCUUCACAAACAUGCGUGGCUUCGGUCACACAACGGUUCUUUUACUCCCAGUUUCCACGGUCUCCGCUAGGAACGCCUGGGACCAUGACUCCCGUUUGUGUUUGUGUAAAAACGGCGUGUCGAUUAUGGGUCUCGCUGCUACACAAGCGAGAAUAAAAAUGGGGGGACUAAAAUAAUUAUACUUCGUUAAACAACAGCCACAUUAACAGCCACAAAACUCACACGAACAGGAUUUUCUACAAAAAAAUCCUCAGAUCGAUCGAUCUUUGCAUCAUACGGGACGAAUCCAUUGAAUUAUUUGGCACCCAAAGACGGUUUCCUCCAAAAUACGUUGAAAACACUUUUUAGGCUAUCCAGAGUACUUUUGGAUCUCUAGAAAUGCAUUCUAAUUGGCGUUAAAAAAAAAUUAUCUGUUCGGUCAUCCUAGGGGAACUUAAGUCUUUUCGAAAUUACAAGGGUUUCAGUAUUAUUUUUCCGAAAAUUUUAGGUGCAAUUUAACGUUUUACGAAAGUGAGAAUUUUUCUGAUUCCUCUCUCCAUCACAUUUUAAAAUCCGAAAACUUAGGUUUCCUUUUUCUAAGAAAAAUAGUGUAAGCUGGGUUGUAAAAUAUGAAAAAUUAAACUUCAGAAAAGCACAGGGAAUUUAUAAGAUAAGGGACCGUUCAUUUUUUUAUGAGAGAGGGGGGGGCUGGUGGGAUUUGGGGGGGGGCACUCGAAAAAAAUUGGCUUGAAAGGGGGGGCCAGCCGAAAAAAAAUGAAGGAAAGGGGGGGUCGGACGAAAAAAUUAGCGACUGACUCUGAAGACAACUCAAAUGAUGUCGUUCUUGCUUUUAUCUCCUCAGACGAGGAAUAUGUAGACCAGCGGCCAGCUACAACACGCUCAGGACGAGCAGUAACAAAAAGAGCUGAAAUUGACUUUACAUUCUUUUGAGUGAGGAUUUGUUAAAAACAGCUUUCUAGCUUUCAGCUUUCUUUCACUAAAUUGCGUGAAAUGUAACAAAACGAAAUUUUAAUGCAGUAACUUUUUUAAUACCUUAUGUACUUUUUUAUUCAUGGGGGGGGCGCUUACCCUGAUGAGGGGGGGCCAUGCGAAAAAAAUCGGAAAUUGGGGGGGGGUCAUACAAUUUUCAAAUUACACUCCUCCAAAUCCCACCAGCCCCCCCUACCCCAUAAAAAAUGAACGGUCCCUAAGCUCCGAAAAUUGUGCAUGAAAGGAACGUUCGUCUAGAUAUUUUUAGCCGUACUCAAGCAAAAAAAAAAUUCUAGUAAUAUUUGCUUCUUCGAACAGAUAUUUUACAGAAAUCAGUCGCUGGAUGCCCCAGCUUUUUUUGCGUCUUUUAGGAUUUUUAUGCGUCAGGGACGCAAGACGCAGAGGUAACAAAAUCACCUCUUAUUGUACACAUACACUUUGAGACUUCUUUGCGUUAAGUGUGUUUAGUGCCAUUCUGUGAAGCAGCUGUUUUGAAAGAUAUGAACUGAAAGACGCUCGUUUUUAGUAAGCGCUGACAAAGUAAACACGUGGAGAGUUUGCCAGACACGAGUUUAUCAUUUAAGAGUGAUUUUCUGAAAAAUUCGAACUUCGGCCUAACACGGUACCCCAUCGAUUUGGCUAAUUUCUGGUAUGUAGUAUUAGAAUGGUGUCCUAAAUACUGAAUGCAUAUUCUCUUUGGUUUCAAAGAUACAGGAAUGACAGUUUUGACGAGGCCUCGAAAAAGAAAAUUCUAAAAAAAUGAUAGUGCCUCUUAAAGCCUAUCUAUCGCUUAAAAGAGCCUCACUUGAAAUGUAAAAACGGUGAUCUUUUGCUUCUGAUCUUGCGAAAAGCUUGAAAUAUGCGCGAAAAUGAAAAUUAUAAAUUUUGUUACUCACAGUAAAACUGUGAAAGGUUUGAACCCAGAAGUCAUUUCAAAAGUAGGUUGAGUUUGAUCGUCCGCGUGAACGUAGUCCUGAAUAGGACUGUUGUUGUUGACAUUUCAUGUACUACUUUUAUAUCUUACGCUGGAAAGAUCUGCCAAAUGUACAUAGAACAGGAACCUACCUUUGCUUCUAUGUACAUUUGGCAGAUCUUUCCAGCGUAAGAUAUAAAAGUAGUACAUGAAAUGAAAUUAAAGAACUCAUCCAGUCAAAUUACGUGAUCGUACCGUCAUUACUGAAUAAAAGUCCGAAAAAUGUGACAUGGAAUGGUCAGUGGGAGACGAAGCUAUUUUUAGGAGGACAAGGAACUGCACGCUGGAACGGAAGUGAAAUUAACAACCUUGUCUAGUUCAGUCCUCUUGACGCUAUUUAACAGGUUUCACCCGACUUUGAACAGAAAGUUGUUUUUUAUUUUCUUUCUCUUGCUUGCGUUGUUUAUUCUGCAGUUCGCCCUAUUUUGAUUUGUAUAUAGAAGCCUGUUUAGCAGUUUCCAUUACUUUAAUGUGUCGUUAACAACACGUGAUACAUGUUCUGAUCUCCCCCCACCCCCAUCGAUAACAAUAAAUUUUCAGACCAACACUGAAGGUACGUAGAAAAAUAUGACCAUUCAAGGCAGGGUUCAUCAUUGUAACUUACCACAUAAAAGUCUUUUUGUUGUUUGCUAUCGACGGAUUCUGUUCUAAAUACUGAGGUCCCACAAACAACGCCACGUUUAGAAAGAGCCCGCCCUUUCCCAUCCAAGAAAACCCAAGUAGCAAUUUCACCAACGGACAUAAGCCGUAAAAAAAAGGACCGCGUCAAAUAGUUCAUAAAAUCACAAAUGACACCUUUACUUCACUCUUUCUUCAAUAAACUUAUUUUUUAAGGAUAAAUGACGUCAGAAUGCGCGACUAUAAGCAUAGUAGGCUUAUGAAAAGAAAAUUUAACCAAUGCACAUGAAAGCACCUAAGACGGGGACUAGGGGGAAUUAGGAACAUCGUGCGUGUCGCUGAAAAAAUAUCGGCUAGUUCUCUGAAUAGACACAAUUAAAACCGUUUUUGUUUAGUAAGGAGCUGUUAGAUCGGGGGAAAGCGACAUAAAGUAGAUCACAUCAGAAGACGGCACAUGACUAGGCUCUCAAAAAUCGAUAAGUAUGCAAGACCAAUCAUUAUGUGAAACAAAGAAAAAUUCCUUGAGGGAAAAACUUAUGGCUAGGGAAAAGACUCGAAGGUACAAAGUUAGGAUUGUAGCUUCUUUUCAGGUAACAUUUCCUCAGGCCCGUACAUGCGUAAAAAAAAUUCAUAAAGGUUAACAAAAAACGAUCUUCUCCAUGACUAAAAAAAAUUAAUUGACUGGACAGUGCUCUAAAAAUAGAUGAGCGACGAUUAUUUUUCGAUAUAUUUAAAAGAAAAGCGAUGAUGACUCAGCCGUGCUCCCAUAAAGACCAAAGAAGCAUAUAUAUCACUAAGGCACCAAGCCAAGGGAAAAUAGAGCAAAAAUGUCCAAUUUUUCCCUUGACGAAAGCACUAUGUUACCUGUUUGACAUGAACGGACCUAUGAAAUCAAGUGACACAAAAGAUCUUUCAUUUUUUCCUUUUUUCCAAGCAAAUGUACAGUUACCGUAAACGAUCGAUUAAGCGCCGCUACUCGAAUAAACGCCGCAACGGAAUAAGCGGCGCAGCCUUUGUUAGACUUGUUACGGCGCUUGAUAUAAAAAGACAUCAAAACGAUGUCGCUUGACAAACAAGACCACGACUCAGUCGUGAGUUCUAAAGUUUUAAUGUACGGGAACUUUCGAAACCAGGUUCAUAUAACAGUUCGAGGUGUGCAUAGUUGUCCUUUUUCUUGCCGAACUCUGAGUUCUCUCUAUAUUCCCCUUAGUGUUUUACCCAAAGUUGAAAUAAGCGCUCCUCCCUAAUAAGCGCCGCACUUUUAACGUGGAAAAUGAAAUAGGCGCCGCGGCGUUUAAUCGAUCACUUACGGUAACUUCCGAUCUCCGACAGGCAUAUCGGAAAGACUGAAAACACUCAAACUGGGUCAGAGUAUAACACAUUCAGUAAGAAACAAAUUUGUGAUUUUUCACAACUCGAUAAAAUUACUAAAAAUGUGUAAUCCUAUUAUACAAAAUUUUUCUUUUCAAUUUCAAUUUUUUACGAUGGAGCAUUACCCCCCGUGCUCACUAGACAUUGCUUCACAAUCUUCGUGUUAAAAUCAGUGAAACACGUACUCCAUUUGCAUGCGUACAUUUUGAAGAACAUUUGAAAACAAUUUGGAUUCCUACCUUUAUACCUUCACUAAAAAUUAAAGUUGGGUAGUUUGUUGUUUUCUAAAAGUAGUUUGAACAGCCGAACAAAAUUGUUUACACGGAGUGGGAAGGGCAAACCUUCACUUUUCCCUUCUAAGGUGGAAAGUGUCAGCAAAACGUGAGAGCCGUCCUUGAGGGCAAAGUGUCUAACCUAAUUUUCUCACCGAUUGCAAAUGCCAUUUCAUCCACGCAUAACCUCACCUAGUUAACAGAAUUAGCAAAUGUAAUGGGGAAACGUUACGAGAGAACUGAGUAAGAAGUUAGGGUAAGUUUUGAGAAUUGGGCGCUCACCUGGAAAAUCCUGGCUACGCUCCUCAAGACCCGAAAGGAAAAGCCAUAGGAUAGUUCCAGACUGAAACACCCAUUAGCAAAAAUAGAUCAUGAAGUUGUCGCGGCGGAGGAUGAACUUGAGGUUUCUGAUCAAGUGCAAUUUUUCAAGGGAGCCCAGACAAGAUUAUGUACGAUGGGCACAGCCUGUUGGAGGUCUUUCUAACAAGCCCAUUACCACUACUUGUCUUCAGAGGCGUUUUGAGUUUACGAGCAGAGCAAAUUAGGUUUUGACGGUUAGAAAAUGAGGAUGCCAGAGUGAAGAUGCCUUUUGUAUGAUGACGUUAUCAACCUACAGAAAAAAGCGUUCGUUUUUUACCACUGAUAUUACAUCGAUCAGCACACUUGUGUUGUCGAAAGGUCCGUGAGCAUGGUGAAAGAACACCCUUAUUGUUCGCGAUAUCGGAUAAACACUCUGGUCGCUUACUGAAUUUUCUUUGCUGUUUCCUUUAUUUAGAAUUAGGACUCUCUUGAGUUAUCCAUGCAUGGACUAGCGAUUUUAAGCUUUUUCAAGAAAACUGAAAUCUGGAAUUGUCCCUAGGGAGGGGCAUUUGCGCACAGUUUUAAAGCCCCUCGGUGGGGUGACUGAGGUUUUCUUAUCUCCUGUGCUCAUCCCUCAUUCUUCUCAACCUCUUCCAAACCAAUUUUCCUGUUUAUCACAAAACACUUUAUGGAAAGACCAAGAAUCUCCUCCAAACGAGAUUCGCGAUUGAAACAAAAUAACCAAAUAAUUUUGGAACGAAACCGUUGUUAAUGGUGUUCAAGAUAGAAUGAGUCUAUUUAUUACUUAGCUGACGCCCAAUUUGCAAAACCGGAAGUAAUGAGGUUUAUUUCAAGGGCUCAUGUCUCAUGCCUCAUGAGUUCUUCAAACGCUGUAAAUACACGUAGCUGGAACUAUCAUCGCAUCCUCGCGAUCGCUCACUAAUAAUGACAACUUAUGUCAAUUCCAUUAUUCAUUCCCUGGCUAAGAUUUUCACGGAUUCUUCAGUUCAGUUGUUUGAAACCAGGCGGUUUUAUGUGAGUUGUAACGCCAUGCAAGGAACGUGAUGAUCGACCCGCGAUAUGCGUGGGAAAAUAUUACUUUUUUUCGAUCAAGGUGGAAAUUGGCAUCUUUGUCGUCGAGUAAGGUAAUACAAUUCAAUUUUCAUUAUUAUGGUUAAUUUUAAAAGCUCUGGUUUCCAUAAAGGAACUGGAGGAAAAUCAGGAAAAUUCUAGUUCGACUGUGAUGGUUGCAUUUUAUUUACGCGUCGUAGCAUAAAUAUAACAAAUUCAUUUUCCUUUUCCUUAUACAAUCUGCCUUUUUCUACUGUUUUUCGCAGCAGAGCUAUCGCUUAUAUUACAGAGGCUAAUUUUAUUAUAUAGACCACUCAGAUUUAGUGACAGAAUUUCUAUUAUCGAUUGUAAUUUUGGCAACACCUGGCGAGUAUUCGGUGUAAAGCUUAUUAAUAAAGUCGACAGAACACUCUUCCAUUCAUUACUUUUGUUUCCGCUCCAUUAAAUUAGCCCAAUUUUUUUAUUAACGAACUCGACUUAACUAUAAACAAUGAGUAUUCCGGCGGAGUGGCAAGCUUGAAUGCGAUGUGGCAAGAGAGAUAUACGCCUUUGAAUUUCUGUUAAUUAUACGGGUGUAAAAAAUUCAAAAAGUAUGCCCACCAAAAGUUUAAUCGAUCGUUGAGAAAACGUUAUCAAUUUCGAAGUAGUUUCUAAAAAUACAAUAAAGAGGGAUAGUUCUUUCAAUGUGUCUCGGCAAAGGAAGAUUAGCUUUGAAGACAGGGUUGUAGUCGAAG